UAUUAGUAAAUUUAGCUGAAAGACCAAUUUAGGUCUUUUGGUAGAUAACUCCCUAAUUCCCACGGUAUCAGGGAGCUAUCUACUAAGCGACUGCAAGAUGCAGCCACGGCACGAAUAGGAUCAGUUUCAUUAAUUCGCAUUAAAUUACGACCCAAACAAAGUCCCGAAUUGCAUUCUAACACGAAUGGAGAAACUGUUCUCAUUCUGUUAGGACGCAAUUCGGUAGUUUCGCCGGCGUUCUGUCAAGUGACAGGACGUUUGGGAGUACUGACAGGAAGCAUCGCGAGAUCAUGGAUCAAAGAUGAGAAUUGUAGGAAAAUUGCUCUCUUUGUCUUCCGCUAGUCAGGCGUAGGAAACCUCCAUCAGACCAAUAGUCCUUACUUUGUCUUUUGUAUUAAAGAAAACUAGAGCAGAUAGCAAGAAAUGAAGAACAGAUCCUGACCGAAGGAGAGAAGAGAAAUUUGAUUACAAGUUGAAACUGAAUUUGUUUUAUUUUAUAAAUUCACUCAGAUGGUGAGGCACUACCAGGGUAGUUAAUAAUUCCACGCUAAGCAUGGGAUCACUAUUACAGUUUACAUUGUAGGGUUAAAAUUACUUCCUCCAAAAGAAUUGGUCGUGGUGAGUGUUUCUUUAAUACUCAAUUUUCUGCAUGUGUAUUUUUAGGACUUUUUUUUUUUUUUUUUAAUUUGGCCUCAAGGCAGUGAUUGUUGAUUCUGAAGUGUAGCACUGAGGAAGAAUAGAAUUGCGAAAUACUGUGGUUUUCUUUUUAAAGAGGACUAAAACAUUUCUAAGCAUAUUAUGCACGGGUUUUUAGAAUGUACACCUCUUAUUAUUGUUUACCUUGAAUUUAAAGUCUUAAUUCAGAAGCCAUUCUUCUAUCAUAUUUUCCCAAAUUCCUUGAGCCCUUACUUCUUAGACGAUUAACAAGUUAAUUUUUUUUCAUUCAUUCAGAAUAAUUUCUGGGUUUUUAUUUAUUUAGUUAUUUAUUGCUGCAUAGUUUGUGGAACAAGUGCAGCAACGCUUUGACCUGUAGUAAUAAUUACAGCCUCGUGACUGAAACCUUGUUGUAUGCUUGUGCAGAUUCCAGUGUGACUUUUACAAAAAAUUUUAUUAUUGUAUUUUUUUUAUUUUCUCGAUGCUACUGAUUUGAAAGCUACACUCAAAUGGAAACUAUAGUGCCAGGAAAACCGUUGUCCUCCGUCGCAGCUCCGUUGUGCAAAAGGGGUUAAAAACCCAUUCUCUCUUACCUGGUUCGGGCUCCACCUCUGCUCCUCCCCUGCCGAUGUUGGCCAGUGGGGGAAACCUAAUGUGCAUGCACAGCAAUGGCUGCGCUCGCAUUAGUACUUCCUCAUAGGAAGGUAUGUAAAUUGCUUUCCCGUGGGUUUGUACAUGACGCUGGAUGUCCUCAUGCAUACCGUGACGGAGUCCAGCAUCAGUCGACCAAAAGUCCUAGCGUGAUGACUACAGCUGGCUGUAGUGGUUAUGGUGUUUAGUGUAUACUUUUUUUUUUUUUUUUACCUAAAAAGUCUGCAGGACCAAAAUAAAUGACGUCUAUAAACCCGCAUUGUACAGUCUUAGAAAAUGGCUCCAUCCAUACGUUAGGGGUAUAAUGGAAGGAGAAGAAAGCACGCAAAGGUGUUUGUGUUUUUUAAAGGAAGGUUUAGUUUAAAAACGAAAAGCUUUUUACACAUAAAUCUUCUACUGAUCUAUUCAUUUCUAUAACUGAAACUACCAUUAUAGGUUUAGUUUUCCCAUUAAUUUAUUUUGUGUUGGUUAUAAACCCAGGUCUAUAUGAUCGCUUGAAAAUGUUCGCCCAGGGGGUAGAAAAAUUUUUUUUAUAUAUCCUGUUGGAAAGUGAUAAGAAUGAGGAAGCUUCACCAUGGCAACAUCGUGUUCUGUCAAGGAAAAAAUAUACUGUCAGGAGCCUUUCCCUUGCAUUCUAACAUAUGCUGUCAUAAUGCAAUCCCUUCUAAUUAACCAUUUACCAAGCAUGGUAAGGAUAUGGGGGAGGGGUGCUGGUAAAUAACAGCUGAAUCAAGUGUUGGAUAUGUUAAUACUCUGCCUUUGCAAGCUGCUGCACGAGUAUUUUGUAGAAUUUAAGUUGUCUUUGAGGUGUAUUUUGUGUUUAUCAAUGCUUGGGUUAUGUCAGUGUUUGCGAUCUGUAAGUAGGUGUGCAUUUGAUUUAUAUAAUUAUACAUGUUCAUUUAUGUACCUUGAAGAGGAUGUACUCUGAUACUUUGCCAGCUUUACAAAAGGAUUCUCUACUUCAAGGGUCGACCGUCUUCAGCACUCCACAUCCUGUGGACUACAUAUCUCUUGAUGCUUUACCAGCAUUAUGGCUUUAAGAAAAUUAUGGGAGAUGUCGUUCUGGAGUGCAGAAGGUUUCAUUUUUCUUCUCUAGUUAAUCAGUUGGUUCCAUACAACUGGUACUGAAGAAAUGUGCACUUUUUGAAAAGCUGUAUUCCUACCACUAGGGUCCCUCUGCUCCCCCCUCGUGCCAAUUCCCUCCGGUGGCACACAAAUUAUUCCAGCCCCGAAGUCCCUUGGCACUGGGUUCUACUCCUGCUCUGCUGACGUCACCCGAGGAGGGGGAGGGCCGGGUGCUAAUGCAUAUGCACGGCAAGCACCACAUGCGCGUUAGGCCUUCCUCAUUGGAAAGCCUUGAGCAAUGCUUUCCUAUGAGGUUUUAGAAGACUCUGUGCGUCCUCAUGCGUAGUGUGAGGCUGUCCAGUGUCGUUUCACAGAAUCAAACUCCAUGAAAGACCAGGAAGCGCCUAUACUGGCUGACUGACAGCCACUAGAGGCUGUCAACCCUGCAAUGUAAAAAAGCUUCUCUGAAACUGCAAUGUUUGCAGCUGCAGGGUUAAGAGGACAAGCCACGGCACCAAGACUACUUCAAUGAGAUGACGUGAUCUGGGUGCCUAUAGUGUCCCUUUUAGGAUUUUAUCAGUAUCCCUUUUAAGGGUUUUUUUGCACUCUUGAUUGAGUCGUUUUGCUGAAUUAUCGGCUCACGAGAUGCAAUGUUUAUCUUUAUUUCCGCACAUAUGCUUUAAUCAUCUGCAACUUUUAAUUUUGUUAUAACUUAGUCUCCCCUUAUACAAUGUGUCAACAUAUGUUCUGUUUAGUAGCAACUUUCUCUCUUUAUUUUUUUUUUUUUCCCUGUAGGUUUCAUAGUUCCCCAGUAUAGAGUUACUUUACAAUUUAGGUGCAAUUGAUUGAUUUAUUGAGAUUUGUCUAAUUUUUGGAAGUGUGAAUUAUUCUUAUUACCAUCACAUUAUUGCUACCCAAAUCAACCCUCAUUCAGUCAAAUGUUGCUAUCAGGGGCGCAUUCGAUUCCCAGGUCGAGUUUUGCUCGGGAUAUUGUGUCUCACAAAGUGCACUGGGACUGUGUAAUUGCAGCACGAGAGGAAAAUUCCCUCUCAUGCUGUAUGUUCAAGAACGGUUAUCGAUGCUUGGCAGCUCACUAAACCCAGCACCAAUCACAGAGUAGGAGUCAAGCAGGAAGACCUUACCAGCGUCUCUUGCACCCUGAUACUGAGCACAAUUACAAUUCCGAUCACAUUCAGCCACAAAUUAAUUUAAGAACUACGUACUGUACUCGCUUAGAGUGCUGCACAUGGCUCAUCUGUCAGUUUUGGGCCACUAACCCUCCGGUAUUGAAAAGAUUUAACCUUUUACGGGAGGUGGGCAGGUUUUUUCCUGUCCUACCCUCCGGUCUCUUGUGCUUUCUAUAUAUAUUUUGAUUUAACCUUUUAGUACAUUUAAUGCAUGAUAGUCUAUGACACCAGUGGGCAUAGACAAUCUUGUGAUCACCCCCUGUCCCCCCCACCCCCCUCCAAUUUUUGUAUUUGCAUUUUGAGGGGGAGUGGAAUGGGGGCGUGGAAUGUCAAGGAAUAAGCAGAACCGCAAAAUAUGAUUGUAUUUCUCGGGAUCAAACCUUUUGAGCACAUUGUAAGACUAUACACCACUGCUGUGCAACAUCUGGCAUCCUACCUAGUGAGGAGCACCCUUGCGUGUUAAUCUGUUCUGGCGUCUGGUUCUGUUUUUGUUUUGUGGUUUUACUGGUAGUCUUUCACGGUUUUUUAGUGAGAUGAGAAAUCUGCUUACUGUAGUGUGAGUCACAGCCAAGGAAUCUGUAUGCAGGAUGAGGGAAAAAAUUGGGGUCCAUUUAAUGCCUCUGAUAUAGUCUACAAAAUAUUUUGCAGUAUUUUAAGUGGAAUAGAAACUUUGACAUACAGAAACAUUCAUUAAAACUGGAUACCUAUAUAUAACUUUAAAAAAAACAAAAUCAAACACGAAUAGAAAUGUGCUACCAUGCUAUCAAUUUUUGUUUUAACAUACAAACUUAACAUGUAUACACAUCUGAAACUGACUUUGUUACUUUAUAUAUAAUAUCCCUUUAUUUUAUCCCUCCAGGUGUAAAACACUACUCCUAUGGCAUUGUAUAGCACUUUUGCAUAUGCUGGCACAUCUCUCUGUCUCUGUGCUGUACAAUGCCAUAUGAGUGGUGUUUUACAUCUGGAGGGUUAAAAUUAAGGGAUUGUGGACUGUAGUUAAAACAUUUGGCAGGACAGAUGUUGUUAAUUUACAAUUUCCAUCAUGCUUCAUGAUGAGGAGGGGCAGUAUCCACAGCAGCUGGGGAGCCAGAGAUGGCAAGUUGCUGGUGUUCAUUAAAGAGAUGCUGGGAUGACUCCUAAUACCCAUCCUUUUCCCCAUUCUCCUUUCAGUUUGUAGAAAUGCUUCCCCACCUUCUCUAUUGAAUAGAUGUAUAUAGAUAUUCCUCGAAGCACUGAUGUCCCUGUUGCUGCUGUAUCAUUAUAGCUCACUUCCUUUAAGUGGUUAUGAAUGUGGCAUUUGAUCGCAUUGAUGGAACUUGUGAACUAGGAAGAUGCACACACUGAACAUGCAUUAUAAAGUGUAUAAUUUGUUUUCUGGCAUUAGGAUGCCUAUUCUGCACAAACUAAUUCUGCAGUGUAUAAACUCCCACUCCAUUGAGUGAAGAUCAGUAUGCUGGAGACUGGAAGGAUCUCAUGUUGGGAUUUGCACAAAACUGUAUGUAAAACGUAAUGCGUACCUAUAUUGUAUACCCCUUCAUGCUGCCUUGUUUUUGCCUUUGUUUAAUGUGCUUAAAAUGUGCAAAUGGAUUAUAAUUCAACCUCUUCAUGUAUAAAUUGUAGUCCCAUCUAUAAAUGAAAAGGUACACGUGAAAUAAACCAUGAUGAAACUGAAUUUAAAAUAAUUUUUUUUUACAUUUUUCUUUUUAAUAUAGAAAAAUAUAUAUAUUCAGCUUUUAUCACAAUUUCACAUCAUAUUUAAUUUGUUUAAAUUUUAUCCUAGAGGUAGAUUCAUUUCUCCUAAUGGCAGGUCCUGCAAAAUUUGCAUGUUUAAUAGGAAUGUAUAGUUCAAGACUGAGUGCAGAUUUGCACAGAUGAAGUUUAUGUGGAUCAGCCAUUUCCUUUACAGCUUCAGCAUGCUGUGUGCGUGGGAGGCAGGAGAAUAUUUCCUGCAAAGCUCCUCAGAGAGAAAGGGAGAGUACGUGCGCAUGUGUAACAGCCAAACUAGUUUAUGUACAGAUGACAAAAUAACAAAUAUUACCGCAUGCAUGGACUUGUUUGAAUCCGGUGGUGGGAUUGUUUUUUUUGUAAAUAUUUUUUUUUAUUUUUUACAAAAGUGAACACAAAUGCAUUUUAGAAGCUAGGCUUUCUAGUGCUUACAAUUUUUUUUUUUUUUUUUUUUAUAUUUUCAAUACGUAUUGUAGCAGAGUCAUUUAAAAUAGUUGCAGAGCUCAGUUUGCUAUUUGCUGUUCAGGUUGGUCUGGCCAGGAGCUGCAGUUUAGCCUUGACAUGAAAGAUGGGAAGUGCUACCCAUAGACUUUCACGUCACUGUACAGUAUAAUUUUUAAAGCUGCUAGCCCAAGAACAAGUUUGAAUUUGCCCCCCUGUUGCUCCCUGCAUCAUUCUUCCUCAUAAUGCAUUGUAGUGUUUUCAUUUUAGGCUCGUACAUGCAGCUAUGUGAAGCCGGUUGUCACAUUCCGCUCUGCAGUGCAUCAAUCACACACUAUAGCUUGUUUAUCACCAGGACAUUUUAAAUUUCUGUGUGCAAAGAAAUGGGAUUAAAUGACCACUAUAGGCACCCAGACCACUUUAGCUCAAUGAAGUGGCCAGGUCCAUUUAGGGUUAACCCUGCAGCUGUAAACAUAGCCGUUUCAGAGAAACUGCUGUUUACACUAGGGUUUCUCCAGGCUGUAGUGGCUGUCUCAGUGAAAGCUGCUAGAGGCGCUUCGCACUGUGAUUUCCACAGUGAGAAGACUCCAUCGUCCAUAGGAAAGCAUUGAGAAAUGCUUUCCUAUGGACUGAUUGAAUGCGCGCAUUCGGCGGAUGACGUUGAAAGAGGGAGGAGAGUCCCAAGUGCCGAGGGUGCCUGGCGCUGGAGAAAGAUAAGAAUUUAACCCCUUCCUCCCCCUUCAGCCCGGCGGGAGUGGAACCCAGAAAGUGGUGGCGACCCAAAGACUCUACAGAGCCAGGAAAACAAAUUUGUUUUGUUGGCACUAUAGUGGUCCUUUUAAGUCCCCUAAUACUAGGGGUCUGAAAGGGGGAAAACUAAGCAGGAUGGAAUCACAAUAAAUUCCUAGUAGUGUCUGUGAUUUGUGGCUCAGAAAGCAUACGUAUGUGUUCUAUCAAGGAUGUCACUUAGGAAUUGGCUUUAAAGGGACACUCAAACCGAACUACUACAGUGUCAAUGGGAUUUGUCCAUUAAAAAAAAUAAAAAUCCUUUUUUUUUUUUUUUUUUGCUCCUUUAAUUUUUUUUUUUUUAGAUUUAUUCACUCUUUUCUUGUUUCUUUUGGUUCUGGCAAAUGCCCACUGUUUUUAAUAUUUCUUGACAAUACCUCAUCUGCCUGCAUCUCACCACGCGUUUAUUGUAUCAAGGCAUAUUUAUGUAUAUGUAUUUCUGGUUCAAAGUACCAGUUGCUUUUAUUGCCUGUGUGUAUAUGUAUGUAUGUAUAUAUAUAUGUGUGUGUGUGUGUGUAUAUAUAUAUAUAUAUAUAUGCCAUAUGCCAAGAACAUGUUUGUGAAUGGGAGAUUAAAUAUAGACCAACAACAAAGCUUUGGCAACACUGAGGUUUUUAAGUACACAAACGGAAACCUGUGAAGUUUUCAGAAUGCCACAGCUGCACUUAAUGUGCACCGUGUUAUAGCCAAUCUCUGCCAGUCAGCCAUAGCCUUUCCCCUCUGCCGUUUAGCAAUUCGUCAAUCUUUGACACUGAUAUGACUUUGUAGAAUUUGGUUUUCUUGACUUCAGAAUUGUCAUUUAUAACCGCUUCUUCUUAUCCUACAUAAUCUCUGUCUACAAGAUAUUGCUCUCUCCUGGUGCUCCUCCUACUUCACCCAAUGCUCUUUUAGUGUUUCUUUCUCUGGCUCUGCCUCUUCCUCCCAACCUCUCUGUUGGUUUCCCCGCAAAGUUUAGUCCUAGGCCCCCUAUUGUUCCUGAUCUAUACUGCCUCCCUUGGUAAACUCAUCGGCUGCUUUGGUAUACAAUAUCACUUUUAUGCGGAUGACACUCAAAUCUAUCUGUCCUCCCCUGAUCUCUCCCCGUCCCUCUUGACUAGAGUCUCUGCUAUUUCUAACUGGAUGGCUUCUCACUUCCUUAAGGUCAACUUGUCCAAAACAGAACUUCUGGUCUUUUCUCCCUUAAGUGUUGCUACUCCCGUUUCGGUCUCCCUCCAAGUCAAUGGUGCUACCAUCAGCUCCACCACGCAGACUCGCUGCCUAGGUGUUCUUCUUUGACUCUGACUUCUCCUUCACCCCUCAUGUUCAGUCGAUUGCCAAAUCCUGCCGCUUCCAUCUCAAAAAUAUUGUGCGCAUCCGCCCCUACUUAAUGCCAGAUGCGGCUAAGGUGCAGGUCCAUGCCACUGUCCUCUCUCGCCUUGACUACUGCAAUCCGCUUCUCAGUGGUCUUACGUGCUCCCAACUUGUCCCAUUGCAGUCUAUAAUGAAUGCGAGUCUCCUCUCCCUGUCCGCCCGCACCUCCCACGCCUCACCCCUCUGUCCGUCCCUUGAAUUGGCUUCCCGUAAGAUAUAGGGCUCAAUAUAAAAUUCUGGUUCUUGCUUUCAAAUCUCUACAUAAUGCUGCUCCCACCAAUCUAUCCUCCCUAAUACACAAGUAUGUCCCGUCUAGGCCCUCACGCUCUGUUGAAGACCUACGUCUAUCCUCUGUUCGUACUUCCACCUCUGAUGCUCGCCUUCAAGACUUCCGUUCCUCUGGAACUCUUCCCUUUUCCAUAAGUUGCUCACCUAGUCUCCACUCGCUAUGUAAAAAUAAUACACAAUGUCAUGGGGCUUAUCUCCAGCAGCACUCUGCUAUAUAAUUAUUAUUUUAUUCUUUAUUUUUUCUACCCCUGAAGGAUCACUGGUAUUUUAUGUUAAAGUUGCUAUUGGCAGUUAGUCCUUAAAGACUGUUCUAUUUUGCACCUUAAAUCUUUUGGAAGCCUAAAAGCUGGCUGGCUAUAAAGGUUACAUGUAUUUCCCAAACCUCAGAUAUCUUUCCCUCCCCUAGACUAGAUUGGAAUGUUCUAAUUUAAUCAAUGGAGCAGCCGAUGGGAAGUACUCAGGGUAUUCUAUGUCCCCAUGGACCAUAAUGGCAUGCCAUUAUUUCAUAAAGCGUUAAGAGUAUUUGUUAAUUGACUCUUUACAACAUUUUACCCACAAAAUAGCUUAAAGGUCAUAUUUAAUAUGUAUAAACGCUGUACACACGUUAAAGAUUGUACCUUCUAUGAAGACCUGUCACUCGAAAAAACUUUAAUGUGAUCGUCUCUCUGUCGUGCUUUUGUGGUGUAGUUAUUUUUAACACAUGCUGCUGGUUGUGGUCCGUGUUUCAAACAGUUGGUGUUUAAUAGCUUCUUUCGGGUAGAUGCAUGCAUACGUAUAGUGGAUUAUCUGUCUAAAGGGACAGUAUAGGCACCCAUACCACUUCAGCUCAUUGAAGUGGUCUGGGUGCAAUGUCCUUAGUGCAGGACUCGACAAAUCCCAGGUCGCCAUGGUGACUUUGAAUUUUGCUCUGGCUCCUGGGAUUGGUCAGCCCGUUCCCUCCUCUUCCUCCUAUCUCAAUCCCUGUGUAGUGUAGGAAGUGAGCUGUAAUUACUUUCUCUCGGCACUGAGGCUGCACAGCAGGCCACCUGGCAAAGCUAGCAGGACACCUGUCAAAAUCGUCUGUUCACCGCCCGCCCCCAUUUCACAGACCCACCCGCCUGCACAGUUGUUCCCCUGUGCGGCUUCAUCGCCGGGAGGAAGUCAUUGCAGAUCCCUUUACUUCCUCCCAGCACACAGUGAGCUGCACGUGAUAUCGAGACAGGUGGAGGAGAGGAGUCAUGACCAGCGGCAGCCCACUCCCAUUAGGCGCAGCCAGCCCCACCAGUCUGCCUCCUGCUGUGCCCAGUCCCACUGGACCCCAAGGAAGCCACUCUCCUGCUCCCAAAAGGUAGGAAACAGGAGAGUGGCUAAAAAUAUGUAUCACUUUUAUUUUAUUUUUUUAAUUUCUGUGUGUUUAUCUGUCAUGCAUGUAUGUCUGUGUGUGUGUAUGUAUUUGUGUGCAUCUAUGAUUCUUUGUGUGUGUGUGUAUCAAAUAAUAACUAACUUGUGAUGGUGUGUGAGAGGCUGUCCCUGUCUAUCUAGCUCUAUCUAUGUGUGUGUGUCUCUGUCUCUGUGUGUUUCUAUCUGUGUGUGUGUCUGUCUGUCAGUAAAUGUGUAUGUUUAGGUCACCAGCCCCCCUCCGAUCGCAUGGGAAUGGUGUUUUUACUCACCUGUUUUCAAACGCCAUGCCAGUCUCGCCGCAGCUGGCUAGCCUCAAUAACUGAGAUUAUUAAUUACCAAUCAACAUCUUCUCAUAGUGAAGCAUUAAAGCAAUUCAUCUCUAUGGGGAACGUUCAGCGCCGUCUCAAUGCUGAAUGUAGGUGCUGCAUAUUGUGCAGCACUGAGAUAGGAGACACUUUAGUGGCUGUUGGAAUGGCUGCCACUAGGGGUGUUACUAGGCAGCAAGGUAAACACUGACUUUUCUCUGAAAAAGCAGAGCUUACAUUGAAAAACCUACAGGGACAGGUUCUAGACACCAUAGUCACUAAACUAAGCCGUAGUGUUUCUGGUGACUAGACGGUCCCCAUAAGAAUUGUAUUUUUGACGCUGAAAAAAAACUGGCUCCUAAUUUUUUUAGCUGGCUCCUUGAUUAAAAGCAAAUUUGUCAAGCCCUGCCUUAGUGCUUCAAUGUAAACAUUGCAGUUUCUAUGGAACUGCAAUAACAUUGUACCACCAAGUUUGCCUCCAGUGGUUGUUUCCAAAAACUGACCUUUUGGUCUGGUGUCUGACGGUCGACGUCCUUGUGCUCUGCAUGAGGUCAUCCAGCGUCAGAUUUCCCCCCUCCCCGUAGGAAAGAAUUGAUUCAAUGCUUUCCUAUGGAGGGGAGCGGAGGUCUAAUGCGGCAUUUGCUGGACAUGCGCAUUAGCACACACUUGUCACGGGACAGAGGUAGAGACAUGACCCAGUGUCAAGGGCCCUCUGCGAUGUGAUCCUUUAAGUAAAUAAAUGUGUGUUUUUUUUUUUUUUUUUUCUGUGUCUGUAUAUCUGUAGGUCUGCCGUUUGUCUCUGAUAUCUUUUAAACAAGCUGCCAUAGAGUGUAUACUGAGGCUUGUAUCUUUAUUGUAUGUAAUAGGAUGCUGUGAUUGUUACACUCUUGACUAUUAAUUAUUUUUUAUUUUUAUUUUUUUUAUUAUCAGUCAUCGGUGUGCUCAAAGAUUGUGCAACUUCUAGGGCAGAAUGAGGUAGACUACCAUCAGAAGCAGGUAGUGAUGCUGAGCCAGGACAGCUUCUACCGAAUACUCACUGCAGAGCAGAAGGCUAAAGCACUCAAGGGCCAAUUUAACUUCGAUCACCCAGGUAAGGCCCUGUUGUGCUGUUUAGUUUGCGAAUGUCUCUACUUAAUGCAGACAAUACUUCUAAUCCCCAUGUCUGCAGAUGUAUUCUUCAAAUGUGUUUGUAUUCUUACAUCGUAAAUUUAAUUUUAAAAAUGCAUUGUGAAUUAAAAGAUGGCUGACUUGUGGCAUGGAUGAAGUCUAAUGCCUUUUUAGCCUAAAGAAAUAAUCCAGCACAAAAACCACUACUGUGAGCUGUAGUGGUUAUGGUGCCCAGCAUGCCCUGUUGCCCUCCCAUUGUAAGUAGUCAAACUGAUUUAGAACGGUUUGCCUUCUCACUUGGGUUCUGUAGGUGCUUUUUCCCUGUCUCAACUACGUCAGAAUUUCUGGCUUUGUCUGACCUAAGUUCAGGAGAGGUAACCAAAGAUCCUACAUGAAGUAGUGAAAAUGGGCAGCAGAGCCUUGCAGAUCCCAGGUAAGAAGUCAGAUUGUUCUAAAUCUGUUCUAAGGUGCACUGUAGUGGUUAUGGUGCUUGGAGCGAUCAUAAAAAGCAGGGUUUUUUUUUUUUUUUUUGGUUUUCCUCUUUCGAAAAACACCGUAGACACAACUGGGUUAUCUCUGAAUCCUGGACUGUUAGGAGGUACUUGAGGACUGGGUUAGAACCACGGAUAUAAAGGAACACUCUUUAAGGAUAAAAUGUAUUUUCAAUAGCAAAGUGUUCCUUUUAUUGCUUCAGUCCCCCUCCCUUUAAAAUGUAAAAAUUAUUAAACUUUGAGAUCAUCAAUCAUCCUUGAAGAUACAGUCCAAUUCUUCUCAUUGGCAACAUUUUUCAUUUUCCGAUUACAGGGACAGCAUCUGUAUACCAAAAUUGCUACAUUGAUUUUAAAUUAUUCUAGCUCUUUUUCUUUUAUGAGAUUUAAGUACAAAUAAGUUUAAAAAAAAAUACACUAACACUUUUAAAUAGUAUAUAAAUCCCUAUAUAAUCACUGAAGAAUGAGUAACCGUUCCAUAAGCAGUACUUUUAUGUAUAACUACUUAUGUAACACACAUGUUUUAGAAUUGGUUUAAAGCGCUCUAGCGAAGACACUGGUUGGGUUUUUUUUUUUUUUUUCUUCUGUGUGAUUUUAUUUGAAAUUCAUAGACUACGUUAAACAUGAGUCUGUUAAAAUGUAAACCACACCAGGUAUUUAGAACAUAACCGUGCCAGCAUUUCCUGUUGUAAAUAUGAUCUCCACUAGAUGAUAAUGCACCUUGGAACUUUCUCAUGUCAGUGUUGUUGUGUUUAAAGGGGCCGUAAAGAAACCUAUUUUAUGUAUUUCUGAUACACAAAUAUUCUGUUUGGUUGGACAAAUCCUACUACAUUCCCUAAGUGGAAUAUAGGAAAACAUUUUUCCUUAUUAAUACAUUUUUCUUAGAAUUAAGAAAAUAUUUGAUGUCUGUCUUAGUUGAUAUAGGUGUGUGUAUGUGUUUAAGAAAAACACAAAAAUGCAUUGCACUCUGCAAAUGUAGGGGGGGGGAGGUUGGACGGGAUGGGACAGGAGGCAGAGGAGGGUGGAGACCAUUUCAAGGGUCCAUAUUGGCGUUACUAACAUUGUCCACUUCAGCUUGCCAGGUAAAUUUAUUUAUUUAUUUCUUUUUUUUUUAAGGUUUGGUUACAGUGGUGGUAGUAUGGUGUGAUAGCUAAACUAAACAUACCUUUAUAUUACUAUAGGGACAUACCUGAUUGGUUUCAAUGGCGAGUGUCCCACUUUACAGUAUUUUAGAACAGAACACUUUGAUAAAGCUCCCCCAGCGUUUCCCGUUUACAGCUUGCCUUGUCUCUCAUACAGAUGCCUUUGACAAUGAACUCAUAUUAAAGACACUCCGUGAAAUCAUGGAGGGAAAAACUGUGCAGAUCCCAGUGUAUGACUUCGUUUCUCACUCCAGGUAAUUCCCACCAUUGGUUUGGUAUGGGUACAGGAUGGGUGCUAAUCAGGGCCAUACCUGCCUGUAGAUAGGGAAUGUCUGUGUCUCUUUGGAGGGGCUGAUUAACUUUGUAUCUUAAGAUACUGUACGUUUGAAACUGUCGGGAGGUAUGCUAAAGUGCAGUCUUGCUACUACUCACACACAUAGAUGUGCUUUACUAUUUGUUAAACAAAAUGUGAUACAACCACCAUAUUGUGUAAUCCUUGGUCAAUAAAAAUGUCUGUUUAUAAAAAAAGUAACACAAACUCUGUGCAUCUUACUUCUGCUUUUUUAAAUUUUUUUUUUUCCUGUUUCGACUUUUUUUUGUACUCUUGUAGGAAAGAAGAGACCGUGACAGUGUAUCCAGCUGAUGUGGUGCUGUUUGAAGGAAUCUUGGCAUUUUACGUGCAGGAUAUCAGGGACAUGUUUCAGAUGAAGCUCUUUGUUGACACAGAUGCAGACACACGACUUUCUCGAAGAGGUGAGGCAGUCUCCCACAUUUCCAUACUGACUGAGAUGUAGGUUUUCCCAUAGUCCUACAUUGUACAGUUACACAAAAGCUUGUGUUCUUAUUAAUUAUAAUAGACUGGGAUUAAUGUUCUUAAUGAUUUUAAAACCUAAAGGGCCAUUGCGGGUUCGGUUUAUUCUUUUAGUGCCGUAUAGACACAAUGCAUUUAAUAAACCGAAAGGCAUGCUUCUUAAAGUCCCUUCCGUUAGUGCAGAUCCCUGGCUUUUAAUCCUCCCAUGCCCAUGGCAUUACCUUGGACGUACCAAAAAAAUGGAUUGAUCUGACACUCCUCCGAAAAAAAAAAGUUUAUUUUACUUGGAUGCUCAGACACAUGGCCACAAUUUCACUUCAGAAAUCUAGAAAAUCAAGACAUUAACACGUAUGCUUGCGGGGAUAAUCAAGCUUCUGAUGUCCUUAAUUUCUGUUUGUGAAUAUGAGGGGAAGCACUUGUGUCUCUAAUUCCUCCGAAACAUAGGUUUAAAAAGGUCUUUGGUAGAUAUAGUUACAUAGCUGAAAAGAGACAGUUCAGCCUUUCUUAGUUCUGUUUAAAGCACUUUCCAGUUUUUUUGCAACGAGCUAGGGAAAUAAUUAAGCUUGACCCCAGGAUGGCAGUCCGAUCUCUCUUUGGAUCAAGAAGCUAUGAUAUCCCUGAAUAUUAUUUUUUUGCAAGUUAACCCCUUGCACAUCUCCAACUUUGUGCAUUCCUGUAAAAUGUCCAGGAUAUCAAUUUAUUUUACAAUUCAUUUGACAAUCCUCGCUCUCCCUCUUUUCAGUCUUCUAGCGAGGAAAAUAAACAAUAGCUUGGGAAGAAAGCAGGGGAGGCCAGUGGAUAGGGAAGUCGGAAAGGAAAUGGGUACUGGUGAGGCAAAAUGAUUUCAAACUUUAUGGUUGGUAGAUUAGAUUAAUACAAUGGGCAUUUAGGAGGCUGGGAAAGAAACAUGGGCAGGGGGCAGAAGAAGAGACCAGGAAGGUGGAGCUAGUGUCUGGAGAAGACUAACUGCAAACAGGAAAGGCUAUUGGAGGCUAAGAAGGGUAUAUUUGGAGAAGAGGUUGGGUAAAAACAUGUGACUGCGAACAUUACUCAACUUUCUCCUGCUCUUCUCUCUCGGAUAGUCAGAGUAUUCAAAGUAAAUUUAAAAUAUAAUGCCAAAGUGGCUGAAUGAAAAGAAAAGCAGACUUAGAGAAUUAUUCAAUUUUGACCUUAAUUCACGUUGAAUUCUCACAUUAGAGAAUAUCCCUGAAGAUGAUGGGCGUCAAUUUCGAUAGUUUUUAUGGGAGCCAAAAACUAUUGUAUUCUCUCUGGUGACCAAGCAGGUUUUUCAAGUUGUGAUGUUCCUAUACUGUGUUAAUUAGCAUAUAGAUAAAGUGCUCACAGUCACGGAUGUUUGAAUUGUACAUUGAUCUGUAUCUGUGGGUGCUAGUGUUGUUUUGUUUUGUUUUGUUUUGUUUAAUGGAUGUGGGUUGGAUGCUCAUUGCCCACUGUAUUUUAACACCUAGCAUACUUUGUAAGACUUUUUUUUUUAGAUGUUACGUGAUGCUUUUUUUUUUUUGUCCCAUUCAGUGCUCCGGGACAUCAACGAUCGAGGACGGGAUCUAGAGCAGAUUCUUACACAGUAUAUCACAUUUGUAAAGCCAGCAUUUGAAGAGUUCUGCUUGCCUGUAAGUAAAGUUAAAAUAAAAAUACAUGUAAGGGUCCAUUUACAGUCCAGCUAUGUACCAUACUUUGGUAUUCUGGAUGAGGGUUAUUCACUAAAGUGAGAAUUGAAAGUGAAUUUAACAUUUUCAGGACAGUAGCGGAACUGGGAGCCCUAGCCGACUUAGAGAAUGUUUCCAGGUUGCCUGUCUUAUCUUACAUUUCUUAAAGGAUCACUAUAGGGUCUGGAACACAAACAUGUAUUCCUGACCCUAUGUGUUAACACCACCAUCUAGCCCCCCCUGGGCCCCUCAUGCCUUCAUAAAUACAGCAAAAUCUUACUGUAUUUAAGCCUGAAGCUGUAGAUCUACAUGCUGUUUGCACCAGAAAAACAAGCUGUCUGCUGACCUCAUCAGAAGUGGUGGCCUGGUCCAAUCACUAUGCUCCCCUAUAGGAUUGGCUGAGACUGACAUAGAGGCAGAUCAGGGGCAGAGCCAGCAUGAUUCAAACACAUCCCUGGCCAAUCAGCAUCUCCUCAUAGAGGAAAGUUCAGUGUCUGCAUGCAGAGGGAGGAGAUACUGAAUGUUUGGAUGCAUUUUAGGAAGCCAUGACCCAGGAAGGAUCUCUAACAGCUAUCUGAGGAGUGGCCAGUGAAGUUAUCACUAGGCUGUAAUGUAAACACUGCAUUUUCUCUGAAAAGACAGUGUUUACAGCAAAAAGCCUGAAGGUAAUGAUUCUGCUCACCAGAACAAAUUCAAUAAGCUGUAGCUUUUAAUGUACAGAUAAUAUAGCAUAAUUCACCUUUCUUAUGGUGUAAGCCAAUUGUUUUUGCAGGUUACAUGAGUUCUGUGAUAGGCUGGAUGUGCCCCUUCCUGGUUUAUAAAAACUGGCAACAUAAAAUUCACGAAAAAUAACAAAUUGUAGUCACAUUAGCGGGUGUCUGCAGUGUCCCAUUAAGGCUUCUUAAACGCAACAUUUCACAAACAACAGUUGGAAGUUUUUUGUUUUUUUUUCCUAAAUGUUUUUGUGUUGUUUGCAUGUUAUUUUUUUUUUUUUGUUUGUUUGUUUUUUUUAUGUAAAUUGUCACUGGCUUUAAAUCUGUUUUUGGUAUAAAUUUUUUUCUUUGUUUUCUAAGAACACUGUGUGCUUGUGAGGCAGCUUGCAUAUUUUCUAUUCUUUUAAUCCCUUUUAUUUGUUUCUGAUUUGUAGACCAAGAAAUAUGCUGACGUGAUCAUUCCAAGAGGUGCUGACAAUUUGGGUGAGUGAGCAAGUUAUGAGAGAUGGACAAGCAGUCACUAGUCUUAAACAGUGAUAUCUCGCUUACGCAAUACUUACUGGGCUUUCCCUGGUUAGCAAUUUAACCACUCGAGGACCAAAGAUCUAUAUCCCAUCCUAUCAAACUAUUCUUUAAAGAUCUUAUUCCAUAAUGGAAUAUCCCGUUGUUAUUUACAAAUAACUCAGCUGAACUCCCAAAGCUUAAUAAACCGGACAUUCCAUGCAUAAGGUCUUUAGGUUGUCUGUUUUUCAUGACUGCAGAGUGUAACAUUUAGUUCCGAAGAGUUUAACAACGUUAAAGGGACAGUACAGUCUCCAUAAUAUCAUCUAAAUUAAGUUGUUAUAGUACCAUGAAGCCCCCGAGUAUAUUUUUACCAUAACGGGUUAAACCGUUCUCGAAUGGUUUAAUUCCAACGGUUGCCUCAAGUGCCAAUCUCAAGGUGGCAUACGACUUCUGAAUCAGAGUUACAGGAGCCGUGGAGUGCCACCAAGCAGGUGUGCCGCUGAUUGGCUAGAGCAGUCAGCUGACCACUAGCCAAUCCAAAGCUCCCCAUAAAUAAGUGUUUUUUUUAUUUUUUUAUCUUUUUUAUGAAUGAUUGGCUUAGUGUGUCAGGGCUUAGGGCCUGUGUGGACAUUCUGAUUGGUCUGGAUUAGUGUGCAUCUAAUUAUGACAUUGCCUAUCUUUUUAUCAGAGUAGAAAAACUUUUUGUUACAUUUUCCAUUUGCGUCCAUCAAGUUCAGCUUUCCUCACAAAUGUUUUUGCUGUUGAUCCAAAAGAAGGUGGAAAAAAUUCCUUCUUGACCCCAAAAUGGCAGUCAGAUAUCUCCUUGGAUCAAGCAGCUAUUGCUUUUGCAAGUAUUUAUCCAAUUGCAGUUUAAACAUCUGUAUGGACUCUGAUAAAACCACCUCUUCAGGCAGAGAAUUCCAUAUCCUUAUUGCUCUUAUUGUAUAAAAACCUUUUCUUCGCCUUAGAUGAAAUCUCCUUUCUUCCAGCCUAAAUGUGUGACCUCGUGUCAUAUGUAUAGCCCUGUUUAUGAAUAGAUUUCUAGAUAAUGGUUUGUACUGGCCCUGAAUAUAUUUGUAUAAUGUUAUCAUAUCCCCUCUGAGGCGCUGUUUUUCCAAACUUGUGUCUGCACUUUUUCUAGUGCCAUCAUAUCCUUCUUUAGAACAGGUGCCCAAAAUUGCACAGCAUAUUCAAGGUGUGGUCUUAUAAACAGGCAAAAUUAUAUUUUCAUCCUGAGAAUUUAUGCCCCUAUAUAUACAUGACAAAACCUUACUGGCCUUAGCAACUGCAGAUUGACAUUGCAUAUUGCUGCCUAAUCUGUUGUCUAUAACAAUUCCCAAAUCCUUCUCCUGUGUGGUUAUCCCUAAUUCACUACCAUUUAGGGUGUAAGUUGGUAGUGCGUUCUUGACACCGAAGUGCAUAACUUUGCAUUUCUCUACUUUAAAUUUGUCUUUAUUUUUCAACAAAAUUAGAUUGUAUUCAACAAACCCAUACUACAUCCUAAAUUUAAACUGUAAUAUUUUAUAAGGCAUGUUGCAUUUGUCACCAUUGCACAAUACGCGCGGCCAAUAGACUUAAAGCGCACUGUGAUGCCGAACUUGCCUUGCCCUUAGUGGGGCACCUAUAAAAAUAAUUAACUGGGGACAAACUGCAGUUGUUACUGGUUCCUAUUUUUUGUUUUGGCUUCACUUGGCCUUCAGCCUUUAUUUACCACUUCCUCACAAAUGUGUAUGGCUAUCAUGAUAUUAAAGUAUUUGCCUUAACCGCUUGGUAAAAAGCAGUUAAUGGACUUUUUCCAGGCGGCAAGCCAGAGGCCAUGAAACGUGGGAUGCAGAGACACAAUAACACAAAUGUAACUUCUUUCUGGCUUGUUUGCAUUUUAGCAGUGUGAUAGUUGGGGCCUUGUUUGUUGGCUCUGACCUUGACGGUCAUUAAAGCAGAGCACAGUAACCCUCUGACUGGCCUUGUUGUAUAAAUAGGAUGGUGGGUGAAAUCUGUCUUGUUGGUCGGCUUCUUCCCAAAGAAUUUGCUGAAGCAUGGAGAAAAAAAACAAAACAUUUCUUCCCAUCAUCCAAACGUUAACUGCUAAUCUUCAAUGUUGACUUGUCAAUGACCUGUUUUUUUUGUUUUUUAAAUGUAUUUAUAUUUUGUCUCUAAUUUUGUUUUUCUGUGAAGUCCUCUGUCAAAUAUGUGUAGAAGCUUAUAGGUUAUUAUACAUAUAGACAUAGAGUAGUCACGCUAUCAUAGGAAUAGCAUAAACAUUGAGCAGUUUAAAAAUAAGAUUUAAAGCUUAAUGGCUGAACUGCUACAUGAAUAUUGACAAUGGAUUCAGUAUUGUGUUCAUAUAGUCUCUCUAGAGCAGUGGUUCCCAACUCUUGGCAGCCCAUUUCCAAAGUGUUUGUAAUGAAUAUAGGCCAUUUGUUUCAAAUGUAUACGUUUUACUCUGUCCCAUAUCCCCUUCUCCUCAGCCCCAGGCUCUCCCUGCUUCUCCUCAGCCCCAGGCUCUCCCUGCUUCUCCUCAGCCCCAGGCUCUCCCUGCUUCUCCUCAGCCCCAGGCUCUCCCUGCUUCUCCUCAGCCCCAGGCUCAAAAACUUUCACACAUGCAGACAUACCUAAGCAAACACACACAUACCUGCAGAUAUACUGUUGCAAACACACACAUACCUGCAGAUAUACUGUUGCAAACACACACGCAGAUAAAAACAUUCAUAUAAAUACUGACACACAUGCAGACACACGGAUACAUACCCUGACACACAUGCAGAUACAGUGAAACACUGAUACAGACAGUGAACAUACAUACUGAUAUACAGACAUACUGACACAUACAGAUACACACCCUGAAAUACACGCUGACACAGAUACAUACGGACACCUACACACACAUACCCUGAAACAUAUACUGACACACUGACAAACAGAUACAUACUCUUGACACACAUGCAGAUGCACAGAGAUAGAUCCACAUGUAUGUGUGUGUGUGUAAUAUAUAUGUGUGUGUGUAAUAUAUAUAUAUAUAUAUAUAUAUAUAUAUAUAUAUAUAUAUAUAUAUAUAUAUAUAUAUAUAUAUAUAUAUAUAUAUAUAUAUAUACAUAUAUACAUACACACACACACACACACACACACUGACACUGACAAACCUGCAGAUACAGACACUUGUAUACAUACACUGACACACUUAAGGAUACAUACCCUGACACACAUCCUCAUGCACAGAUACUUAUCUUGACCAGUCUGGGCCGGUUCAAAACUGUGUGGCCGCCAUUACCAAAAUUAUUUCACGUACCCCCUGGGGCAUUGAAUUAUACCUCUCGAGGGGUACGUGUUCCUACAGGUUGGGAACCCCUGCCCUAGAGGAAACAUUUUAUUGCAAAAAUUGAAGAGCUGUACAGGAUACAUUUUGUGAUUUGGAGCAAUUUAAUAGCUUAAUGGUACUGCAAUAUUCUAUCAUACCCAAAUUUCAGUCCCAAUUUCAGUAAAUCCUCAACUCUCAUGACCGUAAACUUAAGAAGUGGGUUAAACUUUACUAUGCAUCCUUUUGAAAGAAUACUGAAAACGAGCGACCCACUUGUGUUAUUUUGCCUUUAUUUAUAUUUAUAAUCUUUUCUUCCUUGUGCUAGCUCUCAAUAUCUGGGCACGGCCAUUGCAUUGUCCUUUGGUGUAUCCGGUUUGCCUUUCUGUGGGAUUAAGUGUACUGAUGGAUUGUGCCUAAAAUGUGAUUGGUAACUGAAACAACCUUGCUUAAACUUUGCCUAGUGUCACGUUUUGUCAACUUGAUUUCUAUAUAGUAAGACCUACAUUUCAAUGUGUGUGGUGCAAAAUAGAGCACUCAGGGGAAAAACAGAGAUUGACACAGAACUAUAUAGAAGCAGCUUAGAUAAAGUUUAUUUAUAGAUUUUUUUUUUUUUUUCAUUUUUUUUUUUUUUUUUUUUUUUGUGUGUGUGUGUGUGUGUGUGUGACAGAACUGCUUUUAAAUGUCAGUCUGCUUCCUGAAUGUUAAACUAUGCUGUUUUCCCCGAACUGCCUAAUUGAAGAUUAGGAAGUGACUUAUUAAAAAUAGAUGCUCUAGACUGCACCAUGCACAGGCUUUCAAUUUGUGAUUAAUGGGAGGAUGAAGUAACACCCCAUAUUCUCUUUUUUUUUUUUUUCAAUAACCUUUUAUUGCGAUAUGUUGCUUAAAGGGACACUAGUCACCUGAACAACUUUAGCUUAAAGGACCACACUAGUGCCAGGAAAACAUACUCGUUUUUCUGGCACUAUAGUGCCCUGAGGGUGCCCCCAGCAUCUGGCUGGAUGGCGAGAAAAGGGUUAAAUCUUACCUUUUUUCCAGCGCCGGACGGGGAGCUCUCCUCCUCUUUGGCUGCAUGCGCGGCAGGAGCUGCGCGCGCAUUCAGCCAGUCUCAUAGGAAAGCAUUUAUAAUGCUUUCCUAUGGACGCUGGCGUCUUCUCACUGUGAUUUUCCCAGUGAGAAGCACGCAAGCGCCUCUAGCGGCUGUCAAUGAGACAGCCACUUGAGGCUUUAGAGGCUGGCUUAACCCUAAUAUAAACAUAGCAGUUUCUCUGAAACUAUCUUUAUAUAAAAAAAAAAAAAAGGGUUAAUCCUAGCGGGACCUGGCACACAGACCACUUCAUUAAGCUGAAGUGGUCUGGGUGCCUAGAGUGGUCCUUUAAUGAAGCCGUUUUGGUGUAUAGAACAUGCCCCUGCAGCCUCACUGCUGAAUCCUCUGCCAUUUAGGAGUUAAAUCCAUGUGUUUAUGAACACUAGUCACACCUCCCUGCAUGUGACUUGCACAGCCUUCCAUAAUCACUUACUGUAAAGAGAGCCCUAUUUAGGCUUUCUUUAUUGCAAGUUCUGUUUGAUUAAGAUUUUCUUAUCCCCUGCUAUCUUAAUAGCUUGCUAGACCCUGCAAGAGCCUCCUGUAUGUGAUUAAAGUUCAAUUUAGAGAUUGAGAUACAAUUAUUUAAGGUAAAUUACAUCUGUUUUAAAGUGAAACCAAUUUUUUUUUUUUUCAUGCAGGCUCUGUCAAUCAUAGCCAGGGGAGGUGUGGCUAGGGCUGCAUCAGGAAAGCAGCAAAACAAGUUAUUCAUAAUGUGGUGAGAAUAAGCUCAGAUCAGUGAUGUCCCAAGAUGAGAGCCAGAGGGAAAUUGGUUUGUGUCGUAGGACCUAUUCUAGCAAUCUGAAUUGCAUCUGGAUUUUUUUUUUUUUUUUUUUUGAGUGCAAAGAUUUUUCAGUUCAGUAGGCUAAACUGGUCAAGUGAAUUUUUAACAAUUUUUUUUUUUUAUUCAUUUGUUUUUAUUUUGUUACAAAAAUUUUUUGGCAUUCCAUUACAGAAUCCAUUUAGAAUUACAUUUUUGCAUUCACUCGCUUUACAAUCCAUUUGAGCUAGACAUUUUAUAUUGCACUAAAAAAGUUGUCAUGACUGUAGAUACACUCUAACACAGAUGGGGUACCCUUGUAUUGUUUAAUUACAAUAUUGUUGCACUAAAUGCCAAAAAAUUAUUACUUAUCAAAUGCUUUAAAGUUGUAUUGGAGGGUGGGCUGUCCCUUUUUAAUUUUGAUGUACUGUCGCCACAGUUAAUUGGCAUUACAAGCCGUGUGAAAUGUUACUGCACAUGUUUCUCCUGUUCAACGUAGACCAUUGUCAAAAUAAAGUUGACAGUGGUAGAAAAAACAUUCUCGCUCUUAUACAUCUGCUUGUGAUUUUUGCAAAGAUCCCUCUUAGACAAAAAAGACAACAGGGCUCCCCAAACCAUGUAGGAGCCCAUAAGGGAGUCUAAAUAUAAAACUGUGAGAUGGGUCCCCAGAGAACCAUGGAGUUCACAGAAGCCUAGAUGGGGUGAAGGGAAUAGGUAUUUUUGUGAAGCAUUCUUUUCCAUGGCAUAUCUCCAAACCCUUAGUACAGGAACAGGGGUUUCCUAGGCCACUGAUCUGACGUGCCUAAAAUAAAUUGAUGUAUGCAUGACUGAAAGCUAUUGGGAUAGGCGAAGCUGGACUGUGCCUUGGGCUUAUUGACCUGUAUCUGCGUUUCUGCUGAACACACAACACAACCCAUAGCUAAUGUAUUGAUCAAGGUUUUUGUUUUCCUGUUGAUGGAUGUUGAGACAUUCUAUUGGUUAUGACAGUUAUUGCUUCUUUAUCACUUUGCCCUUGAAUUGCACCUGCUUUUCAUUGAAAAAUCUCCUCCUACAUUUCCACAGUCCGUAUUCAGUAGUGGGAUGGUUUAGUGUUGAUCCGUUAUGAUGACUACAAGGGCAAAUCAGAACAGAUCUUGUGGCCAAUCAGAACAUAUCUCCUUUCAGAAAUAUUCUAUUUAUUUGGUUUUAUUCUGAGCUAAGGAAUAUGAACCUAUGCAGUUUUGAAUUGAUAAAGGUUCGCCCUUGAAUUGUGGUUGUUUUUGACAAGUAUUUAUGGUAGUCUGUUAACUUUAAUUUAUAUAUAUUUUUUUCUCUUUAUAUUUUUUUUUACAGUUGCCAUCAACUUGAUUGUGCAGCACAUACAGGAUAUUUUAAAUGGAGGGUUGACAAAAAGGCAGACCAAUGGCUACACGAACGGUUACACCAGCCCUCGGAGUAGACACCCCUCAGAAUCCAGCAGCAGUCGACCUCACUAAGUGCUCUUUAAACUAUGGGAUUUGCAUAGAUUUUUCCACCAAUACAUUGCAUAUUCUGCACCCCUUUUUCUUUUAUUCUUGGAGAGACCCCACUGGACAAGCUCUCUGCUGUAGGAGGAGGGGACUUAUCCCUUUCAAAAUUUGAAUAGUGCCAAUUUAAGUUUACUGCAAGAGCAGGGAAAUCUUCUAACUGGAACCAAACCUGCAGGACUUUGUGUGUCUACCAUGGAGGGGAGCGGUAAAUGCAAAAUCAGUGGACUCAUUUGCCAAUACGCCUUUUUUUUUUUUUUAUUAAUUUAAACUCCUAUUUUUUCUUUCUUAAUUGGACUGGGGCAAAGUGUGGGAUCAUGGGGGGGGGGGGGUCUACUAAACAAAACUUGAACAUCAACACCAUGACUACUGCAAAUAAUCCAUAACCACCACCUUGAAAUCAUAUAUAUUAUAUAUAUGAUCUAUAUUUUUGUCUAACUGUAAAUUUCUGUAAAAAAAAAAAAGAAAUUGCCGCAAAAGUAUUUUACAAGCUUUGGUAUUCUGAAAGGGUUAUGUUUUCUGUUAGGGCUAAGAGAUAGUGAUUGUUUGUGGGAUCUUAAUGGGCAUGCAGCGUGAUAUUGGAAGACAGAGGCUGGUUUUUCAGUCUGGCUUAUAAAUCAAAUACGUGUUUUGUCUCCUUGUUUCAUAGGAAGGUGUUUUGAAAGAUGUAAUAUUGCGUUAUUGUGGGGCCUUCCUACUCCGCAGACCAAAACGAGUAACCAUCUGCUAUAGUGGCUUAGCCCCUCUUAUACGGAAAGGGCUUGUAAUAUUCAUGACGUAAAAAUCACUUUAGGAUCUGCGUUGCUCUAUCUGCAAAUGUGUAUAUACAUUGCAAAAUUCCAACUUUGUUUUGAUAUUUUACUGUAUUCUAAUGUUACUGACAUACCAGGUUAUAAACAUAUUCUAAUACAGCCGCUGUCAAGAUUUCAAGGAGAGAGAAAAAUGGCUGCCAUGGUUUGCCAAAUUAAACCGUCACAUAACAGGUAUUUUUUAAUUUAAAUUUUUUUUUAUUAUACUUGACGAUUAAGACUGUAUUAUAAGAUUAAUUUGUUACAAACCGUAGGAGAGGUAUAGGUGCUUUGUAAAUAUAUAAGGCUUUUACUGUACAACUAUGGUGUAGGCCUAAUCAAAAAAAUCAUGCCAACAUUUUACUCAUAUUUGACUGAUGGGUACUUAAGCCUCUAUUCCACUGCUUGUACACAUGAUAAACAUGAAUUUUAACCACAAUCAGAAGAUAAGUGUUUUUGCAUCAUUGAAGUAUGUUUAAUUUGUAUAAUUCAGCAGCAUUACCUUGCUAAAUUAAAUGGAACAUAAAUCUCCCUUUUCAGGGGAAAAAAAACAAACAAGCCUUCUUUUGUGGAAUUACAUUUUGGCUGAAAAGUACUAUUCUCUCCGGCCUUGGCCAAUGCACAAUGAGGAUAUCAAUACUUGCACUCCUAUGUGAAAGAAUGUAAUAUAGCGCUGAACAGGUGAAAUAAGUCAGUUGAGGUGUGAGAGUCUGAAACUUUGAUAUCUAGAAAACAAAGGAAAGCAAAAAAAUAUAUAUUAAAAUUAUUUAAAAAAAU